AUGCAGAAUAAUCGAGUAAAACUUGGGAAGACCAUCAUUGAUCCAUACACUAAAGAUAUUUACCUUCUGAAUAAGGAAAUUGGUUCUUAUGGAUGUUGCCAUGUUUACAGAGCUCUGUAUUCAAGAUGUAUGGAGAAUGACACACUUGUCCCUUCUGGCCAUGUCACUUUGAAGAUCAUCAACAAGAACUUGCAUGAAAGUGACUGUACCGAGCUUCAACGUCAAGUUCAUACAAGAUUUGAGGCAAUUGGAGUCGUGGGAAUUGGAGUUGAUAAUUCUUUCACAACUCAGGAUUUGUUAUGUGUUUCAUUCCCCUAUAUGUCUGAAGGAUCUCUUCGUUACAUUCUCUCUGCUCGUACUCCUAACAAUAAAAAAAUGCCAGAGUAUUGCAUUGCUAUUGUUCUCAGAGAAGCACUUCUUGGUCUACGAUUAAUUCAUAAUACUGAAAGGGUUCAUAGGACUUUUAAUCAGGGAGAUAUCUUUGUUCAUAUUGACGAUAAUGCUACUGACUCUGCCAGAAUCUUGAUCAAAUUAGCAUUUGAAGCAUUAGUUUACGAUCAUUCCAAAAACAUCAAUACUGAAGGAGCCAGUUCGUCCUCUCCGUUUUUGGACGUUAAGGCACUGGAAUUGGCGUAUGGGGAUUUACCUGUUAGGAAUCGUGAAGACUUGAAUUGUAUAAUCACGAAGUUAAGGGAGAAGAAGAGAUGGACGAUAUCACUUGAAAAGCUGCUGAAGAAGAAAGGGAUUAUCAAGAAAACGUUGGAUUCCUAUAAACGAAAAGAACAGGUGUUUGCAGAGGAGUUUGAGAAGAUGGUUCUGAUUUGUCUUCGUGAGGAUCCUGAGAAAAGGCCAACUGCUGAUCAACUUUUGAAUAAUCCAUUCUUUAGGCAAAGGGAUAUGAAAAAGUUUGAGCAAUUUCUAUUGAGUGGUAAGAAUCCAGGGAAGAGGCCAAUUGAUAAUUGA